GCACACACACAUACGGAGAGAGUCAGAAGUUUGAAAGCAGAUCUUCCUUCAUUUGAACUCAACUGUCCGUUAUUGAACGACACGGCAACCCCUGUUUCUCCGACAUCCAAAACACACCUCUGAUAGACGGAGGAGGAGAAGUGUGUGUUGGACUGAGUUAUUGUGGAGUAAAUCGACUGAACGGAGUUAUUUCUGUUUGUUUGGUUUUUUUUUUGUUUUGGACUCGUCGCGAGAGGUGCUGAAGAAUGUCGCGAGACCCCGACGAGGUGAAUAAACUGACCGAGAGCACUUACAAGAAUGUGAUGGAACAAUUCAACCCGGGGUUACGCAACCUCAUAAACCUGGGGAAAAGCUACGAGAAGGCCGUUUCAGCCAUGGUUCUGGCAGGGAAGCAGUACUUUGACGCGGUAUCUAAGAUCGGGGAAAACGCAGCCGUAUCUCCAGUGUCCAGAGAACUGGGGGUCGUGCUGAUGGAGAUCUCAGACGUCCAUCGGAAAGUCAACGUGGAGCUGGAGGAGAACUUCAGACGGUUUCAUCGGGAGGUUAUUGCGGAGUUGGAGAGGAAAACAGACAUGGAUGUGAAGUACAUGACGGCCACGUUUAAGAGAUAUCAGACGGAACACAAGAUGAAGCAGGACUCGCUGGAGAGAUCACAGUCAGACCUGAAGAAGGUCCGGAGGAAAAGCCAAGGGAGAAACGCAUCUAAAUACGAGAGUAAAGAGAAUGAGUGUCUGGAAACACUCACCCACCGUCAGAUGGACAUGCAGAAGUUCAUCGCCGACGGCUGUCAGGAGGCUCUGCUGGAGGAGAAGAGAAGAUUCUGCUUCCUGGUGGACAAACACUGCUCCUUCUCACACCAGGUCUCCGCUUUCCAUCAAAAGGCCCGAGAGCUGCUGUCGGAUAACCUGAUUGUCUGGCAGGAGAAAUGCAGCGACGCCACCAAUGUGCCGGACAGUGUGUUGAGCAUGAUUGAAGGCCUGCGGACACCAGUGUCAAACACACCGCAGCCGUCUCCAUCACUGCAGCGCCACAGCAGGGUGAGGGCCAACUCUGAGGCCAUGAUCCCUGCGCCCCCCGCCCCGCCGCAGACCAGUCCACUGGCCAACAUGUUCAGCCAGCAAUCCUCCAGACCGGACAGUGAUAGCGACUACCUGAAUGAGGACAGUGGGUUGUCCCGCUCGGUGUCGAUGGCCACUGGACUCAACCACAUAGACAAAAGGCCUAAAGUGCGCACCAUCUUCCCUCACAAGUCUGGAAACAACAGCACACUGCUGAGCUUCGAGGAGGGAGACGUCAUUACACUGCUGAUCCCUGACGAGAGAGACGGCUGGCUGUACGGAGAGCUGAACAACACCAGACAGCGGGGCUGGUUUCCAUCAUCUUACUGCCGUGCAUAUACAGAACCAGCAGUAAAUAACAGUAUGGUUGGACUUCCUCCGAUGCGCAGUAAAAGCGUGGCUAAUCUGAUGCAGCAGGAGCCAGCGGAGGACAGGAUGGUUCUUCCUCCAGCAGAUUAUGGAGAUUCACCGGUCAGGAGGAACUCCACCAAGAGCCUGACGCAGACUUACACCCCGUCAUUGGAGAACUCGGGUCCACAGUCAAACGGCCUGCCAAAACAUCCACUCCUAGGGGGAGGAAAUCCAUUCGCCACGGUCAAACUCCGGCCCACAGUCACCAAUGACAGAUCAGCCCCGAUCAUCUGACCGUCAUUCAGUACAGUCACACACACACACACACACACACACACACACACAUGCACAACACUAUUUAUGUGAGUCACUUUUAACCCUUCACCUCCCUCUCUCUCUCUCUGCUUCAUAUAUUUCUACAGAUUUAUAUUUACACUGCAGAAAUGCUCUUCUCACUGAGAGUUUUGGUCUUAGUUCUAUUAAAACUAUCUAAAACUCUGAAAUCAAGAAGCAUUUUGGAGAAAAAGCUAAAAUAUAGUCUUGUUUUUAGUAAUAAUGAGUCAAAAUGCGAUGACUUUUUACUUGAAACAAGCUGAAUAAUGCAUCAGUUGGCGAAGAGAAAUAAUCUUAACGUCUGAUCCGUUUAUUCCCCCCAUUAGCGGAUUAUUCAGCUUGUUUUAAGGUUGUAUUAGUUAAUAAUAGUUCAUGUAUUUACUAUAGUGGACAAACAAUGAGCAAAACACUUACUACAGUGAUUAUUGAUCGUUGUUAAUGCAAAUCAACUCAUGUUAACAAGCAAGACAUCAGAUGGUAAUAAUGCAUGAGCACAUGCUGAAGUAUGAUCAGUAAAUGCUGUUCAAGAACUGUUAGCUAAUCCAGCCUUAUUGUAAAGCGGGACUAAUAAUCAUGAUUUAUUAUUUGUUGUUUGCUUGUUGCUUACAUAAUCUUGCUUUUUCUAGAAAAUGCUUCCUAAUUUAGGAGUUUAUAGGUACUUGGACUGGAAACAAGACAAACUCUCUAAGUAAGAAACACGCUUUGUUGCAUUGUGUGUGUGUAUAGAGAGAGAGAGAGAGAGAGAGAGAGGAAUCUAUUGAGGGAAUGAUUAUGAAUAUGCAUUUAGUCCUACAGAUCAGGUAGUUGCGCUUUUAGUGUAUCAUUUUGUAAAUACAGAAGAGAAUAAAUGUGUGAUCUGAACUUUU